ACAAUAUCCCAUCUAAACGCCAAACUAUUCCAAUCAUCUCCACGCGGUGGGUUCUUCACGCAACGGUGGGUGCGCAACUAAACGCGCAACGUGUCGUGUCCGUGUCGCUCGUCGCACGUCGAACCGGAGCAACGGGCACGGUGGAUCCGUUCAGUAUUGAAUUAACCACACAGACAGUCAUUUUUCAAUUUCAACUGGAAACCCACAAUUUAUCUUGGGCGUGCGGCAUUGCACUUCUACUCCCGAAAAAAGCGAGCUCUAGUGGUCGCAGGUGUAACGAAUGCCGCAUAAGCAAGAAGGAUGAGCUAAGCUGUGGCGUGCGUUGGCAAUUUUCCGGCGUAUUGAGCGGUCCUCCAUAUGGUGCAUACGGUGUUAAACGGAAGUACACAAUUUAGUACGGCACGAGAAAAAAUGGGUUGGAAAAUGUACGUUAAGAUACAUCUAAAAUGUGUCUCAAAAUGGUAGCAGACAGACCUAUCCAGUCCAGCUCUUCCUGACACUUGUGUCAAGGCAUUCUUUGAUGUCUUCAAGUGCAAAAGGAUACCAGGUGUUAACAGCAUCUGCAACCGUUUCGACGGUUUCCACGGCACUCUUGCCUCCCCCCGGAAGGGAAACUCCUUUGUGCAGUAGUUUUCUCGCAUUUCUUCAGCCUGAUAGCUUCUUAGCUAAAACUACCCCCCUCUCCUUGGGCAUCGUUUCCAAACCGGUACCCAGAAUUCGAUUAGGCGAGCUCCCGAAGUAUUGAAAAGUUAGAUUUCCUUUUCCCUUUUACUUGGGUGGUCCCACUCGACGGCAAAACCUUGCCCUGCCACGGUGUGGUGUUGUAUCGGAACAAAAGGAAAAUACACAAAACGGCCGGGCUGUCCGGCUUUGUCGUCCGAGGCCGAGGCUGUUGUUACGGUCCCCGCAAAAAUCAUGACCAAACCCCUCGCCCUCGUGGGUUUGACCCGUUGGUCGUCGCUCGCACCGGAACAGUAAUCGGAAAUAGUUCCAAAAUGGACUUCUGGGAAUGGGCGUUCGAAUACUGGCAAAAGAAUGCGGCAAUAUGCGAGGACGCAAGGACCAAGGAAACAGUACAGCAGGCCGUGAAGCUGUCAUUCAGUCCAGGCGAUUGCCAAUGCGGGUGGAGCAGAGACUGUUCACACAUUUCAUUGGGGUUUUUUUUUUCUCUCUUCCUCAUCUGCUCGUAAUUGUUAUUCCACAGUGCCAUAGAGGAGGACCGAAUACUGCCAGAAAAUUGGAUAUUAGUUGCAUAUUAACUUUGGACUGCAAACAAUAGGAAGUAUUUGUAGCUUUAGGCUGCGCUACCAUUAACUGAAAUUUAUCAGAUGAUACAAGUUUAGCAAACAAUAUGUGGAUUAGACUGUAAAAUCAACCAAGGUAAUCCGUAACAUGGUCACAACAAGGCAUUAUAAUAUUAGUACAUCUUCAAUAAAUUAUAACGAUAAAACAGGUGAAUUUUUAGCAGUGAUGGGAAAAAUUAAGAUUUCGUCGGAAUCGAUUCUGGCUACCUCCGAAGUUGUCUGGAAUCGAUUCUGGGUAGUAGGUCCGGAAUCAUCUCCAGAAUCGAAAUCCAAAUCGGCUCCAAAAUUGGCUCCGGAAUCGGGAUUCCUAUACCGGAGCAAAUUGCGAUUCCCAGGUCGAGUCCGAUUCCGGAGCCGAUUCUGAUUCCAUUUCGAAUCGAAUCGAUUCCAGUAUCGGAUUUGGCUCCGGAAUUGAAUCCGAACACAAGCUCGCACCACUAAUGCAAACAAAUUUACAUCGCAAGGGAUUCGCUUCAAAGCUCCACGAAAAUCAUGGCGGAGUUUCUUUAUGUAAAAGUUGCCUCGCUGGUUGGCAUAUCUGUCGAAAUUCCUUGAUGUUGUGACGUUGUCUGCGUAAUAUUAUCAUUAGCCAAUAUUAUCAUUGAAUUAUUUUAAUUCACUAAUUAUCACUAAUUAUAUUUGUGAUUUAUCAAAAGGUGGCUACAGGAUGUUGUGGUAGAUACUAUGGCACUCAUCAACUGUUGUUAAGUACCACGCAGUUGGAUAGUGAGUCCUUGCUACGGGGGAAGGCUCUAUUCAAGGCUCGAGCCCACAAUUUGCUAUGAAGACGUAGUCGUGGGAAUCAUCUGCACUUUUUAGAGUACUAUAGCAGUCAGUUUUAAAUAGUGGUGCUAUAAAAGGAAGCUGCAUGCAACAUUGGUGAGAAUUAUUUCAUAAAUUAUUGUAUUACUUAUGUCUAGCUGAUCAUGACCAUUUACAGAGCGUUUUGGCUGAAAUUCUACAGCAGCUGGGAACGAUUUGGGAACAAUUAAUGAGAGUUUUUGAUCGAGGUGGAACGAUUGGAAUCGACUGACGACAUCGAGCUGAUGGUAGAGCGGGAAGAUUUCUUCGGGUACUCUGUGUACGCACAGUGUAAAUUCCUUUGGUCCUCCUUUAUGGGAUUCCCUUUUGCUUCGGUUGCAAAACGGGUGAGCUGCAAUCAUUUGAUUAACACGCGGGCUAUACACAAGCGAUGGGUAUUGAAGGGGAUUUUUGGUUUGCUGUGUGAAACACUUUUCGAUAAGGAGGUUCUUCGACAUUUAAAUUCAACCUCACUCUGAACCCCCUUUUGUACGAUACAUAUUGGCACAUUGUAAUGGUGAUAAGCUUCAUACCCCCUAUCUUUUGUCCCCAAGUUAUCGUAGUACUUCGCUAGAACAGUAUAAAACGGAGCUGCAUUUGCCACUGUUUAGCAUUAUUCCGUCAUGUGCGUCUUUACAGUGCUGUUGUACUUAGUGUUUCUUGUGUUAUCUCCAACAAAAGUUCAGGGCGAUGAACAAAACGUCACCGAAUUGUCCCUCGAGGGGUUUGAAUAUCAAACCUUAACAGCCAAACUGGAUUAUUUACAGCACAAGCUUACCGAGAUGGACUUUGCGAUAAAGGAGGAUCGAAGGACCACCGAUCAGAAGCUAUCACAGCUGGGCCAAGUGAUGGGUUACAAUUUCACCACUUUGCAGAACCAGUUGAAUAACAUUCUGAACGAGCAGGCAGCCAAAGCCAAUCAGGAACGGAUGCGAAAGGAGAUACAAACGCUAGUAACGAAGAAAGAUGUAGCUCGAUUUCUGAUCAGUUCCGCAUUGUAUGCUCGAACAAUCUCAUUUCCAUCGUGCAAAGAGAAGCCUUCGGAGUUGUCGGGCAAGUAUCUAAUACAACUUGCUGAAAAUGAAGAGCCAUUCCUGGGAUACUGUGAGCAGACUGCUUUCGGUGGAGGUUGGCUUGUGGUCCAGCAUCGUUACGACGGAUCGGUGGACUUUUACCGCAAUUGGACAGAGUAUCGGAACGGGUUCGGAAGCGUCGAUGGAGAGUCUUGGCUCGGCUUGGAGAAGUUGCACCAGAUUACUUCGGCACGAAAGCAUGAGCUGCUGGUGGAGCUGAAAGACUUUGAAGGAAACUACAAGUACACACGGUACGAUGAGUUCGAGAUUGGCAGUGAGGCGGAGCAAUAUUCGUUGAAGAAGCUGGGAUCGUACACAGGAACGGCAGGUGACUCAUUGACGCAUCAUAAAGGUAUGAAGUUUACAACCAAAGAUCGAGAUAAUGAUGAAAGUAGAGGUAUGAACUGUGCUAAGAAUUAUGAGGGAGCAUGGUGGUACAUGGAAAUUCACCUGUCCAACCUUAAUGGACGUUAUACGAAAUCUCUGGACCUAAAAAGUAUGUUCUGGUUCACGUAUAACUCAACAUUUAUAGGUUUGGCCUACUCAAGAAUGUUGAUUCGGGAAACAUAACCGAUAA